AUGUUCCGUGCAAAGUAUUUUCACGGAACCAUGCGUCCAGAUGCUAAGCGCUUGUACGAAAUUUACUUGGCUUGGAAAGAGUCCGUCUCUAAGUUGUCGGAUGUCGAGGGGCUUUACCCUACGUUUGUCAUGAACAUCAUGCCCAAGAGCGCGCAAUCUGUGGCCAAGCAUAAUGGAAUCGGGAACAUUUGGGGCUUGGAUGAUAAGGAGUCCUUUAUCGUUUGGCAAACCUCUACUGGCUGGGCUCGUCCCGAAGAUGAUAUCCAAGCUAAGUUCAGGGACUACCAUCACUCUGUAAACCACCAGAUGGGUUUGGCCAGUGACUUCAUCUACAUGGGUGAUGCAUCCGAGACCCAGAAUCCCUGGCUUGGAAUGCCCUUCAAGAAUGUCGAGAAACUCAGACAGAUCCGAGCAAAGUAUGAUCCUGAGGGUGUCUUUACCAUUCUUAAUUGGGGCGGAUACAAGCUGGGACAUUGA